UUUCAACACAACCAACACCGCAACGAUGCCGUCUUUAGAAGAGCCACAGGAGAGUGGCACGAACCAACUUGUUGCCCCAGAACCAGAGCACUGUCCAGGUCCAGAGUCCCAGCAAGCUGGACAAGGGGAUGCAUGUCAAACAUGUCCAAACAAAGAGAUAUGCGCUUCGGCACCCAAGGGACCUGAUCUAGAUAUCCCCGCCAUAACAGAGAGGCUGUCAGACGUGAAGCACAAGAUAUUAGUCCUCAGCGGCAAAGGCGGCGUAGGCAAAAGCACCCUCACAGGCCUCCUCGCACACGCAUUCGCAAAUAAUCCCGACUCGACAGUCGGCGUACUCGACCUCGAUCUCACCGGCCCCUCCAUGCCCAAAAUGAUGGGCGUCGAAAGCGAAACCAUCCACAUAUCCUCCGCAGGCUGGUCGCCUGUUUACGUCCUCGACAACUUGUCCCUCAUGUCUAUCCAAUUCAUGCUGCCGAGCCGCGACGACGCGAUAAUAUGGCGCGGAGCGAAGAAAAAUGGGUUGAUCAAGCAGUUUCUGCGGGAUGUAGAUUGGGGAGAUUUGGAUUUCUUGCUGUGUGAUACGCCGCCGGGGACAAGCGAUGAGCAUCUGAGUGUUGUGCAGCUGCUGAAGGAGAGUGGGAUUGAUGGCGCGGUGGUGGUUACCACCCCACAGGAGGUGGCGCUGCUGGAUGUCAGGAGGGAGAUACAGUUUUGCAUGAAGACGGGGAUUAAGAUUUUGGGACUGGUGGAGAAUAUGAGUGGGUUUGUUUGUCCGAAUUGUACUUUUGAGAGUCAGAUUUUUCAGGCUACAACAGGCGGUGGUAGAGCGUUGGCAAAAGAAAUGGGAAUCCCGUUUCUAGGGUCAGUGCCUUUGGAUCCUAGGAUAGGAAUGGCAUGCGAUUAUGGAGAGAGCUUCUUCGACUCUUUCGCGGACAGCCCGGCAUGCAAAGCAUUGAAGUGUGUCGUUAGGGGUUUGGCAUCCCAGCUCAAGCUAGACAACGAACAGGUCAUUCCUGACGAAGAACCUUGAAGCAAAAGGUUUAUCAGCAGUUGAUGCUUUCCUCCUCUGCGUGAUUCCUUUGCUUAUGGGCACUUCUCUCGAUGCACCUCAACAUUAAACAAAUGGAUCAGCGAGAUGCAUAGUCUUUGAGAUGUUAAGCUGAAUACAAAUACGGGUGGGAGGUUUGGCAGGGAUGAAGUCUCCGGAGCAGGCAACGUUGGCCUAGGGAGCACGUUUUUGCAAAGUCUCACAAGCCUUGCAGUGGCGCUGUCGUGUUAGAGAGUGGAAGAUAGAUGAUUCAUGGGUUCCCAAUGGUAUCAAACACGGGGAGCUUAAGACCUGAGAGAUGCGAGGGCGAGAGUUGACAAGGCGAGGUUGAAGAUUCAGAAUGUCCGAAGACUUUGGCGACAAUUUGAAAACAUUGACAUAAUUUCAAAAGAGGUGAACUUCCU